UCUUCAUCUUCACACAUUUCACCUCACCCCUUUUUUCUCGCCUUACUCCAAAAACACACACUUAAAAAUCCAAAAAAUAACCGUAUCGUUGUUGUUGUUCUUCCUCUUUUAAUUUUUUAAUUGUUUUGAAUUGAUACCCCCUUUUUGCACUCUCCCAACCCCACAACCCCACAACCCAAAACCCCAAAAACGAUGAGCACCGCGACUACAACCAUCCACGCAGCAAACCCCGUCGGACGCGGUGGCAGCGAGCAGCAGCGACGCCACACAACGCGGCAAAUGUCGCUGCCGGUUGAUAUUCCGAUUCGCUCCACCUCUUCGUCCUCGACCUCGACAACGGCCGCCAAGAGCAGCGGCUCCCCAGGCUUGGUGCGCCGCAACGCCGACAUGACGGCAGCGCACGCACUUCGAUCACUCAGUAUAAGUGGUCCGUCGUCCUCGUCCGCGUCCUCCUCGUCGGUGGCGUCGUCGGCGGCGUCAUCAGUCGGUGUCGGCGUUUCAGCCAAAGCAGCAGCGCCAGCGUACAAGUCGUCCGCGCCAAUCAACAUUUCCAUCCCGCACAGCAUCAGCACCAAUGCCGAGGCCAUCCACGAAGCCAUGUACACAUUCAUGCCGACCAGUCCAACCAGUCCCCGCCGUGGCAGCCUCCAGUACCAAGAGUCGCUGUCGACUUCAUUGCCGACAUUCCGAACUCAGCAGGGACCGUCGGGCUUCCCGCUCUUCCCAGCGCCCGGCUCGGCCCCCAUGAUGCGCCGGCCAAGCUUGCCGCCAACGCCCCUCACGUCCACCACUGCUGGUUCUCCCGAGGCCCCUCCUUCUGCCCCUCCAACGACAACCGGUGGCAUUUUCAAGUUUGAUCCGUUCGUCAUGCAGCCCUCGCCUGGACUCUUUUCCCGAAAACGAGCGUUCUCGGUUCCUGCAGUGCCCGCAUACACCGAUGGAUCACACCCAACACCUGCAAGCUCACUGGCGCAAAUCCCCGAGCGCCCAAGUAUUGAGAAGGAUCCGAUCAACAAUAUGGCGCUCCAUGGCCAGUUCAUGGACUUUUGUUGAGCACCCACCCGGACAGCCAAUGCUCGUGUCGAUGCCGCCAUUGUCCAUUUCCAUGUUUCAAUGCUUCGAAGCUCGUGUUCUUCACACCACACUUGCCCCCCGAACCAUUGUCUCACUUUUUUGCUUGCUUGAUCCCCGCAACAUCCUGGUUGAUUCCACCAUCGAUCGCUGCCCUCCUUGAUUGAUUUCAUUUGUUUGUUUGGCUCCCCGCGUGCAUUCUCUCUGCACGUGCUUCUUUUGUACUUUAGUUUGUUCUCUAUCGUUUGCCCUCUGCCUGCGUCUUCCUUUGUAUCUUUUGUUUUUUGCUGGACUCGUUUUCUUGACUGUUGUACAUUUUUUUGUUUUUCAAAUUGCAUAUGAGUAUUCCUCAACCA